AUGUCUCGACUGUCUGUUCGGCGACUGAGCAGCCAAGUUCGUCGCCCGGACCUAGCCACUGCCCUCCGCCGCAAUGCGCCAGUUGAUGUGCACCCGGAAGUCGAGGAUGCCCUCGCCACUCACAAACCUGUUGUUGCGCUCGAGUCUACAAUAAUCACCCAUGGCAUGCCAUACCCCACCUCCCUCAAAAUGGCGCGUUCCGUCGAGAACAUCGUUCGUUCAACAGGCAGUGUACCUGCUACUAUUGCCAUCAUCCAAGGCCGCGUCAAAAUUGGCCUCCACACUCAUGAACUAGAACGCUUGGCCGACCAGUCAUCAGCAUCUACUGCCGCUGUAAAGGUCUCGAGACGCGACGUUGCGCCUGUCCUUGCAAUGAAAAAGGACGGAGGUACAACAUGUAGCUCAACUCUCAUAUUUGCAGCCCUCGCUGGCAUCAAGGUAUUCGCGACAGGAGGGCUAGGAGGGGUACAUCGACGCGGAGAGUCAACUAUGGACGUCUCCGCGGAUCUGCACGAGCUCACGCGCUGCCCCGUUGGUCUUGUCUCUGCGGGAGUCAAGUCUAUUCUCGACAUUGGACGUACAUUGGAGUAUCUUGAGACGCUUGGUGUGCCUGUACUAACAUAUGGUCCAACGAAAGAUUUCCCUGCAUUCUAUACCAGGACUAGUGGUUUCCAGUCUCCUUGGAAUGUGGAAGAUCCACAAACUGCCGCUCAAAUCCUUCAUAAUCACUGGCAACUCGGGAUGUCUAACGGCGCCCUUUUUGCUGCGCCGAUUCCUGAGAAAUACGAAGCAGCAGGCUUAGAAGUGCAAAAGGCUGUCGAGAUUGCCGUCCGAGAAUGCGAAGAGCUAGGAAUGCACACCCGCGGGAAAGAAGUCACACCAUGGUUACUGAAACGCGUUGGUGAGCUGACGGGCACGCAGUCCUUGACCAACAAUGUGGCUUUAGUAAAGAACACUGCAUUGAUAGGAGGCCGGAUAGCAUCUGAGUACGCCAAACUAUCUCAAGAUCUAGGCGACUUGCAACCAGUUUAUCAUCACACAGUUCAGUCUCCCGCUAGCGCGCAGGCAUCUCAGUUCCUAAGUAGCCCAACUGAUGCCGUUCUCAACGAAGCGAAAUCUGACAACGUGAACGUUCUCGUUUUUGGCUCGAGUGCGGUCGAUAUCACAUCUCGGCCCGCUCCAGGCAGUGAUGCCGAAAUCUCUGCAAAAUCGACGUGCCCCGGGCUAGUCUCUACGUCGCUCGGAGGCGUGGGUCGCAACAUUGCCGAAGCCGCCCAUCGGGUCUCCAAUGCGUUGGCGCCCUCAAAGCCAUCUCCCAUACUACUCGUCUCUCCUGUUGGUGAUGACGCAUUUGGUCGGCAGAUCAUCAACGAUACAGGCGCCUCCGGUCUUUACACCAAUGGUCUUUUUGUGGAGCCAGACAAGAGGUCGGCUGUUUGUAACAUGAUUUUAGACACCACUGGGAACUUGGUGACUGGUAUCGCGGAUAUGGAUAUCGUCCAGAACCAGAAUAGUGACAAGCUGCUCUCUUACUUAGGGGAACAAAAGCCUUGGCUGGUUGCACUGGAUGCAAACAUGUCUCCUACCAUUCUGACUGCGCUGGUUGAGUAUUCCGUGCAACAGAAUAUCAAUAUUUUCUUCGAACCAACGUCUUUAGCGAAGUCAACAGCAAUACUCCCUGCUAUUGCAAAGACACUGGGCAAGCAUGACCGUGCCCCGGUGACAUUUGCUUCACCUAACCUUUUGGAACUUGGACACAUGUACCGUGAAGUCCGCUCAAGUCCACUGGAACUCAUGUCACACGACGUAUGGUGGAAGACCAUCGACAGACUCGGCCUAGGUCAUCAGUUCCGUGCAGAGCUAGAGCACCUGUCGCGGCUGAACGCAUCGGAGGAUAACCCUGACCUCGGAUCUCUUUCUUUCCUCAUAAAGGACGGCGUCGCUCAAAUGGCCAUCAAUAUGUUGCCUUUCUUCCAGAACCUUGUCAUCAAGUGUGGCGAGCGUGGCGUCAUCAUCGCGAUGCAUUUGGAUGGCCAUUCGGCGCAAUCUUCACAGUGGGCUAACGAGCCCAGCAACGUGCGCCAGCGUCUCGUUGUGGCGCGUGCAUCGUCAGGGGAUGUGGUUGUCUUUCAGCACUUCCCGGCUCUCAGCGUACCUCAGGAUUCGAUUGUCAACGUGACUGGUGCUGGCGACUCGCUUGUUGGAUCAUUGGUCGCCUCUUUAGCCUACGACCGCACUACAUUUUUGGGUCCAGGAACAUUGGCAAAUACAAUUAGCCUCGCGCAACAUUCUGCGAGACUCAGCCUGCAAAGUCCUUGGGCAGUUUCUCCUCUCUUGUCAUCUGGGUCCACAGCGAAACCUGAUCGCAAUGUUAUUGAUAAGUAACGAGGAUUAGACUAGUAUGCUACAAGUUAAUCUAUAUUAGAGCGCGAUCGGGCCAACCCGUACAUCCUCUCGUGCCUUGCGUCGAUUCUCCUCCCAGAGUGUCUUUUGAGUAGCCUGAUCUUUCCUGACCUUCUUCUCAUAUCGUGCCUACAGAAAACCAACAAUGAAGGAAAUCAGUUCAAACACACAUUUUAUUUCGAUGUAUCCCAACCUGAGCACCGUGUUUCAGUCUUGUAAUGAUGUUCGC